AUGGUAAAACCACUAACCUUCAAAGGCGACAAGCCCAAGAAGACCAAAAAGCGCAGCGCGCCCUACCCACCCAGCAAACCCACUCCCGGAACGAAACCCACGCAAGAAGAAACCGCCGAGCAAGAAUCCACGGCCGAAGACCAGAGCUGGGUGUCGGCGGACGCGCCCUCGGACAUCGCGGGCCCCGUCAUCAUCGUUCUCCCCUCAGACCCGCCGACCUGCAUCGCCAGCGACGCCAAUGGGAAGGUCUUCGCCAGCGAGAUCGAGAAUCUGAUCGAGGGCGAUCCGGGCACGGCGGAGCCGCAUGAUGUUCGGCAGGUUUGGGUUGCGACUAAGGUGGCUGGCACGGAGGGGAUUAGUUUUAAGGGGCAGCAUGGG